AUGGCACCAACUCUAGUGACCACGGGCGAUAGAGCACGCAGGAGAAGGAAAUCUUCCGGUGUGGGUAUCCUUUCUUUGGUUAAGCGCAAAAAGGCCAAUUUACGCGAGCGAAACCGUAUGCAUGGCCUGAACGAUGCGCUUGAUCGGUUACGUAUGUGUGUUCCACUUCCUGCGAAUUUAACCACUGCUUCGACUCGAUGUGACGGUGAAGACCAAGGCCCAAGGGCUACACCUCCACCCCAGAAGCUAUCGAAAAUCGAUACAUUGCGUCUAGCGCAGAACUACAUCGUAGUGCUGUUGGAGGUGCUCCAUACUGGCAGCAGCUUGAAGUACGAGCGUUUGAUGACGCUACUAUCGAAUCGAUUGAGUCAGAACACCGUGAAUUUGUUGCGAACGAAGCUAAGUUUUGAUCAGCAGCUUCACGGGGGACUCCUUGAUGCCAGCGAGGGCCAUCGGGAAGCUCAUCGCGGACAGCUCCUGUGUUGCCUCUGCACUGGAUCGUCGUGGUCUAAUGAGCAAGUGCCAUCGACAUAUCGUAGGUCUUCCGGGCAACACGGCUGGAUGGUUGGAUAUGAUUGUACGUGCUUUGGUUACAACUGUCCUGAAGGUGAUUCAAGUUCCUGCAAUUACCUCCAGAAAGAUCCCCAUCAGAUGUUUGAAUUUUAA